ACCAAAAAACAACGCAUGCUGCAUAACGCAUUAAGGUAAAUAAAUGAAUUCCGUGAAGGUGAGUCGCCACGUAUCUACGGAUUAUCCGUAACUUUUACCACGACAUGGCAGAUUUACAUAGGUCGUCAUCAAAACAAGAGACCUAUCAAUAUUCAACAAUGGCACAUCUCUCGAGUUUCGAACUUCGUCGCUUAUCUAUACUAUUAAAAGGGAAUCACUUUUAAAAAAUCUACUUAUGCAAAGUUGUUUGGACCUAUUAAUUAGACUAACACUAUAUAAUUCAGCCUAUUUUUAAGCCAAAAUAAUAUUCUAUAUAUCAACUCAUAAUUUCUUUAAUGUACAAAAAAAAAUAUUGUAACUAACAACAAUAUUUUACCUAAAGAUUUUAUUAUUAUUUUCUUAAUACAGAAAACAACUUAAAAAAAUAGUCAUAACAAACGGAUUAAUAUUAAUGUACAUAUUUUUGGACCCAACAUAUUAUCGAACAUAUGAUGCAUACCUUUGUAUUACAAACUUAACAAUGUUCAUUGCACUUUUUAAGUGAUAUGUUAUUCAUGUAUUUCUUGACUCUUUUUAUGAAAUGUUAUCACAAAUUUAAUAUCUGAAAUUGAAAACUAUAUCAAUACUAAAAAUAAUUGGUUUUAUAAUAAUGUAAAUUGAUAAUUGUAACUAUGAUAUAAAUAUAUGCAAGAAAAAUUCAUUUUUAAUUUAAAAUUGAUAGCUUGUGUGUUAAUAACAAUGUUUUAAAAACCGAACAGGACAUUGAUUCAAAUAUUGCACCUGGGUCAAUGGUCGGACCGGUUUAAUCCGUUUAACCACUUAAUUUUAAUUAAUUUUAAAUUAAGUAACUAUAUAUAUGUAAGUAUAACUAUAAAUUAAUUUAGAUAUAAAAUUAUAUCAAUGUUAUAUUUUAAAACUGAUAUGAAAAAUAAAAUUAAAAAUUUAAAAUUAAAACUAAUUUAUUUAUAUAUGUAGUAGAAAACAAUAAUAAAUUUUGAUGAAAUCUUAUUAAAAUUUGCAAAUUUUUUUUUAUUUUUUAACUUGAAUUUGCGAAAACUGGGUUUUAAUAUUGAACUAAGUCCCAUUUAACUCAAAUUCGGUUUUUAGCAGAACCAGUUAGAAGAGCGAGUCAGGAUCCGACUGGUUCGAUCGUACGGUCCGAUCAGACUUUCAAAACAUUGGUUAAUACAGUUCAAUAAUUAAAAUAUAUUUUUUUAAUAAUAAAUAUCUUUACUACUAAAAACAUACAUAUCAUCUCUAAAUCUAUUUCAAACAAAUCUCACACUAUAAAAAAUAAUAAAUAAUAAAAACAUUAAAAGUCAAUAGUUAUAAUGUGAAACAAAAAAUAUUAUACUAAAUUUAAAAUUUAUUAAAGAUUAAAAACCUCAAAUCCGCGCUUUUUAAGCGCGGGUCAAAAUUUAGUUAGUUAUUACAUCGGAAGAUUUCCCAAAAAAUCUAAUUAUAAAAGGUUGUUGGACCUAUUUACUAGACUUAACUAUUUUUUGGUCUCACUCUAUAUUUCUCUAACUAUACACUAAUCAAUUACCUUAUAUUUCUCUAACUAUAAAAUAACCAAUGCUUUUAUUUAAUACUCAACUUACUAUAAUAUAUCAAAGAUUUAUACAUCAAUAUUAUUAAUUCAGAAUCAUUAAUAUAUUUUACCCCUAUUUUUCCUUGGAAUAUUACUUUUGUGCCACUAAACCUAUUUAAAAAAACAGAUUAUUUUAUAACUGAUUUAAUAAUCAUACAACCCACGAUCAUUUAUCUUUUACAAAAGCAGUUACUAUAAAAACAUUUGGAUUUAUUGGUAAUUAAAAUCUGAACAAUACCAUACUUUUAAUUCAUAUUAAAUGUUUUAUGAUCCAAACUAACAUAAAAACAUGAUGCAAGUACGGUUAACAGAAAGUUAAAAACAUGAUACCAUUCGACGGUCAAAACAUAUUAACUUUCAAUUACAAUAAGAGAAAUACUUCACAGUACAACAACAAGCUUAAUUAUAUUUCAAAAUUAGAGCUUUUUCUUUGAAAACCUUCCUAGGUUAUUUUUGUGAUGAAAAUCUUUUACAACUGGGUUUAUUAGGAGAAAGGGUUUUGUAUAAAUAUUUUCUGAGGAAAUUAUAGCAUUUUUAGAAUGAUUUUUAUGUUUAAAUAAAAUAUAUUAUUUAUUUUUAACAUUUAUAGGUAACUUAACUAUACUCAACUUAAUAAUAAUUUUAUUUCUAAAACUCAAAAGUUUAAUCUUAAUAUAGUCAUUAUAAAACCUAUAAACUAGAAUGUAUAACAUAAAAAAAAUGUAGUUUAUUAAAUUUUAUAUCUUAGUAAAAUUUAUAUGAGAAAUUUAAUCAAAUUUUGAAAAAUAUUAUCAUGUUAUUUUAGAUUUUUACCAUGUCAUCUGGUAUAGAUUCACGAGUUAAUAUGGGUUUUAGAUUUUAAAGGAUUUUAAAUAAUGGAUUUUUAUUAAAUUGAAACUAGAUUAUAUAUGGUGACUGCGUUUACUGGUUUGACUGUGGAUACCACUUAUUGGUGUUUUGGUUCCUUUUAGUGGAAAAUUAGACUGAAUUUUGAGAACUUAUUAAGAUAUUUUUUUUAAUAUUUGAAAAAAAUAUUUGAGUCAUUUGUUUUUAUUGGAUAAUUCAGCUUAUAAAUAGUAUAUUUAAGAUAUUUGGUUAUUUAGAAAUUACAUAUAAUUAAUAUUUGUAGGUAUAUAAUUUGUAUUUUAAAAAUUAAGGUAUCUAUUUAUCUUGGUUCUAGAGAUAUAUGAUAUGUUCGGUUAUUUAUAAAUUUUGGUUCAAGUUUGGUUUCAUUUUUUCAAUUUGGUACGGGUUGAUUAUUCGGUUCCGAAUAAUAUGGCCAAACUUAUAAGCUAUCUUAUAUAAAAAUUUAUAUUAAAAAUUAAUAAAUUCAAAAAAUAAACCCGCGUUUUUUAAGCGCGGGUCAAAAUCUAGUAACGCAUUAAGUAAUAAAUCAAUAUUCAUGAAUGUGAGUCGCCAACUAUCUAGGAAUCAUCCGUAACUCAUUUUCAUCAUGACGUGGUAGAUUUACAUAGGUCGUCAUCAAAACAAGAAAUUGAGUAUUAAAUAUUAAGGAUAUGUAUCCCACAUUGGAAAAUCAAUAGGACAUUAAGCAAUACAUAAAAGGUUAGGGCCAAUCCACUAAUUGCCAAGUAGUUUUAAGUUGGAAUCCCAUAAUUAAACCUGAAUCUAACAUGGUAUCAUAGCCCAGAUCCUAUAAGUUAAACCCCUAAUUAAUAUUAACCCUACCCGACCGGAUAUAUAGGUCGUAAUUGACUCGCUCGACCGAGUAUAACUGUCUUAAAAAAGUUUCCGAGAUUUCUGGCCAAUAAGAGUCAUCAUCUCGAGGAGGAGUAUUAAGGGAUAUGUAUCCCACAUUGGAAAAUCAAUAGGACAUUAAGUAAUAUAUAAAGGGUUAGGGCCAAUCUACUAAUUGCCAAUUGGUUUUAAGUUGGAAAUCCAUAGUUAAACCCGAAUCUAACAUUAAACAAUGUCACAUCACUCCAAGUUUCGAACUCUUCGCCGAAUCUCAGUUCAAGCCAUCAUCUUUCAUUUGUGGAAGCAGCGUAAUAAUGUCAACCACAACCAAAUAUCUCUCUCCACAGCUGUAGUUUUCUUCCUUGUUGACUGUGACAUUGGGACCAUCAUCACUGCCAAACAAAGACGAAAGAACUUUGCCUCUCAUGUUGAUUUGGCUGAGAUAACUGAUCUUCACAGAUCUUCUCCCUAGCUCUAUUAUGUUUUUCACCUUUUUGCCAUAGUGGUGCUCUCUGAUUUUGUAAAUCUAACUCUUUCAUUUAUUUGAAUAUUAACAGUUUAGCAAAAAAAAGUUUCGAACUUCGUUGGUUUAACCUAAUCACGACAGGUGGCUGCACAUCGAGAGUCUGCAACACGUAGCUUGUUCUCGCACCGACCAAGAGUUGCUAUAAAAUAUGUCAACGAAAGAGUUCAAGACAAAGCACAGACACACAGUUCAAUCUUCAACACAGGUUCUUAGAAAAGGUUUGAUCGUCCAAUCAAGUUUUGUGUUCUAUUGGUUUCAAAUUUUUAGAAGAGAAAAAAAAAUCGAAGAGAAAAAAUGACUUCUCAUCAAGAAAAGAGUUACAAAGCUGGUGAAACCAGAGGCAAGACUCAGGAGAAGACAGGGGAAGCUAUGGGAAUGAUGAGGGAGAAGACAGAGGCAGCAAAGGACAAAACUCAAGGAGCAGGCCGGUCAACCCCCCAUGAAACAGCUCAAUCAGCUAAAGACGAGACAUCUCAAGGCGCACAAACAACUCAACAGAAAGCUCAAAACUCCAAGGACAAAACGGGAAGCUACAUGUCGGAGACUGGAGAAGCAAUCAAGAACAAGGCACAAGAAGCAGCAGAGUAUACCAAAGAAACUGCAGAAGCUGGUAAGGAUAAGACCGGUGGGUUUAUGGGCCAUGGUGAGCAAGUGAAGCAAAUGGAAAUGGGAGCUACUGACGCGGUUAAGCACACUUUAGGGCUUGCUACUGAUGAAGGAAACAAAUAACAUGUUUCUUCACGUCCAGCUACUAUUACUACGACCACUACUCAUGCGACACAGAGGCACUGAUAUGAAUAUUUGUUAUUAUGUUCUUGAUUUUUAUGUUUGUUUAUUUUUGAAUAAGUUUGUGUGUGUGAUUCGGUUGACUCAUUGUUGUUUAUUCGGCUUCAAUAUACUUCUACCUAUGA